CACCAGGCGGCAGCAAGGUGACGGCUGUGUGUGGCGCCAUUCGCGAGGCGGUGAUGUCACUGCAGCAGCAGCAGUCAGGUAGUAGCAGCGCUGCUGCCGCAUCCACCUCCGCCGCCGCCGCCGCCGCCAGCAGCAGCAGCAGCAGCAGCAGCAGGUACCUCGAGGUGGAGGUGACGUCGUACGCUCGGAGCGACCCGCCGCAGCUGGAGGCGGCCAUGCGCUGCAUCCGGGAGGCCAAGGAGCGGGAGCUGCAGCCCGGCAGCAGCAGCACACCCGCCGCCUCCUCCACCGCUGCCGCUGCUGUUGCUGCUGUUGCUGCUGUAUCUGCUGCUUCCCAGCAGCCUAGCAGCAGCAGCAGCGCCGUCGUCACCAGUCAUGGCAACCACCACAGCCCCGCGGAUAAGGCCCUCAAGCACCUGCUGCUCUACGUGGACGCGGACGAGCUGUACGGCACCGCUCUAGGCAUGUACGACCUGCCGUUGGCGUACAUGGUGGUGGUCAAUGCGGCGCAGAAGGACCCGGGGGAGUACCUGGGGGAGCUGGCACGGUUCGGCCGCAUGACGCCGCCGGCGUUGCAGCGGCAUGCGAUUGACAUGUCGCUUCGGCGCUACCCAGCGGCCCUCAGCAACCUGGUCCAGGCAGGGCCGGAGUACUUCCAGCAAGCCCUGCAACUCGCGCGCGAGCGGGGGUUGCUGCGGCAGCUGCUACAACUGUACGACAGCGAUUCCGAGCAUCGGCCUGCCGUACUGGAUGCGUACGGAGACCAGCUUGAGGGUUCCAAGCGCUACGACGACGCCGCGGUGACGUUCAUGGCGGCAGGGCAGCUGGAGAAGGCCAUGCGCGCUUACCGAACCGCGGGUCGGUGGCGCAUGGUGUUUGUGCUUGCCGGACAGCUCGGGUACGACGAGAUGGCCGUACAGUCUCUCGCGGCGGAGGUGGCGGAGGAGCUGGCGGCGGGCGGGCAGAUGGGGGAUGCGGCGGCGGUUAUGCUGUCGUACCUGGGUGACGUGGACAACGCCGUACGGACGUACACGCAGGCUCGGGAGUGGCGGGAGGCCAUUCGUGUGGCGCAUGCGCACUUCCGAGGGGACUUGGUGGACACGGUGGUGGCGCCGGCGGCGGCGGAGGGCGCGGAGGCAAUGUUGACGGAGGCGAGGGAGUCGACGGAGCGGAUACGCAAGUACGGACAGCGGUUGGUGGAUGUACGAGCGCGGCGGCUUGCUAUGGCGGCGGCAGUGGCGGCGGCGGAUGAGGACGGCGCCGCGCAGGGCCUCCCAGACGACCUGCAGUCCGACGUGGUGUCGCUGGUGUCCGGCCUCUCCGUGUACACGGACGCCACCGGGGCGGGCGGGGCUGGGGGCGCGGGCAGCCAGGCGGCCGCCUCCGCCUCCUCGCGCGCGCCCUCCACUGUGGGCGGCCGCAAGGCGCACCGGCAGGGCAAGAAGCUGCAGAAGGCCGGCACCCGCAUCCGCGCCGGCUCCCCGCUGGAGGAGGCCUCCCUGGUGUCGCACGUGCACUCGCUGGCCCCCCGGCCCGCGGUGCUGGAGGAGGCGGGCCAGCUGGGCGAGCUGCUGGUGCUGCUGGGGCAUGCGGGCGACGCGGCGCUGCUGCAGCGGGCGGUGGCGGGCUGGCAGGCGGCGUACCAGGAGGUGCGGUCCGACAUCUCGGCGCACCCAGUGCCGCUGGAGGGUCCGGGGCACGUGCGCGAGGAGAUGGAGCGGCUGCUGCGGCCGCCCGCGGAGAGCGGCGGGGUGGCGUGGAAGUGGGAGGUGCUGCGGGACUUCAGCGGGAGUGCGUGAGGGAGGAGAAGAGUUCGUGGCAGUUGUUAACAAUGGGGCAUAAAUGGGGAGUUAAGGGGACGAAGCUCUGGAAGUGAAGGAAGACGAGGAGGCAAGGGAAUAGGGGAUGUAAGUGUUGCUUGGUGGCUCGCGGUGGGGGCAUAGGAACAUAUACAGGGCAGGGCCUGGGUGCACGCAGGUUGGCGGGGGCAGGGGAUGUGGGUGCUGAAGAGAGGAGUUGCGGAGGAUUGGUGCACGGCUAGCAUACGUUGCAUUUCGACGCCUGGAUUGUGUUGCUCCUCUGCAGGCACCGCACUAAAGCAAGUGUAAUGGGAUUUGAGCGUUUGAAGCACUUUUGCGUAAUGGGUUUGUGUGGGUUUCGAGCUUCCGACGGUACAGCAGCAGCUUGAGAAGCUGAGCUCAGGUGGUUGCAGCUUCAACCUGCACAGGGCAGAGUACUUGCCGUAGGACUGCUGUUGAAUCCCAGCUUAGUGUGUCUGCGUGUGGUCAUAUGCAUGCUGGGACGUGCUGGGCAUGCGAACUAAG